CGCAAGUUCGCAUGGAACCACACAGCACGCUUGGCGGUAGGCGCGGCCAAAGGGGACAUGCAUGCAGGAAAAUAUGAAUUAUGAUCCGCCCUGUAGACACGACUCUGAGGGGCAGAGUGUCAGACGCACGGAGGCAUCCCGCGGGGACCCUUUCCCUUCGAAGCCCCGAAAGCCGCCGCCGCCUCCUCCUCCUCCUCCUCGGCUCCCGGACGCGGACGAUGCGCUGGAAGAGCGAAGUGAAGGCGGAGUGCUGCGCUGCGAGCGAGGAGCGCACCGGGCCGGAGCUGUCCGGCGAUGAGGUGGUGUGGCCGCUCGUCAUGUGCGAGGAUUGCCACGGAGACGAGGAGCUGCCGGGCAGCUGCUGUGAGGACAGGAGGGACAUCAUGGGCGCGCCGGUGGAAGGUUUGGAUGAAGACGCGUCGUCGCUGCAGGCGAUGGCAUCCGCGCCUCCGCUGGGCAGGACCGUGUGCGCGAGCUGCGACGAGGAGAUAGUGGAUAAAUAUUUAUUGAAGGUGAACGACUUGUGCUGGCAUGUGCGCUGUCUCUCGUGCAGCGUGUGCCAGACUGCACUUGGCAGCCACACCAGCUGUUACAUCAAAGAGAAGGAGGUUUUUUGUAAAGUGGAUUACUUUCGAAGAUACGGGACCUGGUGCGCGUGCUGCGGCAGGAACAUCCACUCCACCGACUGGGUCCGCCGCGCCAAGGGGAACGUGUACCACCUGGCCUGCUUCGCCUGCUUCUCCUGCAAGAGGCAGCUGUCCACCGGGGAGGAGUUCGCCCUGGUGGAGGAGAAGGUCCUGUGCAGGGUCCACUACGACUGCAUGCUGGACAACCUCAAGCGGGCCGUGGAGAAAGGAAACAGUGUUAACAUGGAGGGGGCUGUGCCCACCGAGCAGGAGAUCAACCAGCCAAAACCCUCCAAGAGAGCUCGGACCAGCUUCACUGCCGACCAGCUGCAGGUGAUGCAGGCCCAGUUUGCUCAGGACAACAAUCCAGAUGCACAGACGCUGCAGAAGCUGGCGGAGCAGACGGGCCUCAGUCGAAGAGUCAUACAGGUCUGGUUCCAGAACUGCCGAGCUCGCCACAAGAAGCACGUGAGCCCCAACCACACGUCCAGCACGCCCAUGACCUCACUGCAGCCCGGCCGCCUGUCGCAGCCCACCCCGACCCCCGAGGAGCUGCAGUACACGGCCUACGGAGGCCCAGACGGCUCAAUGCUCUCCGCACUGCACUCCUUCAUAGACAUUCACGCCCCUCCAUCCAUGUUUCAGCCGCUGCUGCCAGGCCAUGCCAUGACCUCCCUGCCUGUGUCUCACGCCUGAGCAGCCCUCACGCACGCGCACACACACACACACACACACACACACACGCGCAGCAGCAGCCUCAGUUUCACCAGCGUUCAUUCGUCAUUAGUAGCCGCAGUAUUCAGAUAUCCGCGGUAAAUAUAAUUUCAUUUUCAGGGAAGCAUGAAACCUUUUCUGUUCUUUAAACUGCCAACAGUUCAUUACAUUUGUAAAUCCUUUAAAAACACUGAAUUCAUUGUGUAUUAUCACGGACGAGUGUAAUUUACAGUCCUAAAUUUACUGUACAAUGUGGAACUGGAAAUGCUUCAGUGUACCUCAUGAGAAUAUGACAUCAUGGAUUUAUAUCUGCUUGUGUAGUUGGUGACAUCGUUUUACUGUGCUACUCGAUCAGUGGAAGCCACCACAUCCCAACUGUCAACUGAUUUACAAAGAUGAACUUGAAAAUGUUUGUUUAGCAGUGUUUGGAUAUUGCAACCUAAUUUAUUUAUUGUAUGUGAAGUCUGUUUUGAAAAUAAAUGUCUAAUUUCAGAAAA